CUCAAUCCCACAAUCCCAGCAGACCAAGUUUGUAUUUAUUUGAAUGGUCCUGGCUUCGCCCAGUUUGUGAAUGUGCAUUAAAUUCUAGCUGUCAUCCUUCUAACGUACUGUUCCUGGUAUUACAUCGACACACUAUCAUCCUGGGAUAUUGCUUUAGAGAGCAGAGGAAGCUAAGCUAAGUUUACAAAAAUGUCAUGAAUCCCUGAUUAUGGCCACUGGAAACCAUGUUGGGAAUGAUGAAGAAAUCCACUGGCUCAAGCAGGCCCAGUCCCUUGGUCUUUUCAAACACAAGAGCUGUCUUGAAGAUGAAAAGAACAUGAAGGAGGUGGAUUAUUUAAAUAAGGAAGAAAUAGAUAAAGAAAGAUUUCCAGUGGGUCGUUGUGCACACAAUUACGGCAAAGCAAAACGAGUGGUGAGCAAGAAGACACGACAUUCAGCGGUGGGCUCUGGUGUACGCCGGAGAGAACCUUUAGUACACAGGUCCUCUGACAUGGCAAACAAAGAAAAUGAGCUGACAUGUGCCGAAGAUGUACAUGGUAUUCGCUAUAAUGACAACUGUGGGUUCCCUGUGAACUCAACAGAAGCCUCGAAAAUGGCAGGAGCUGGCUCCAAGUAUAGUGACUACUUUACUGAGUUAUCAAAGGACCAUGAUGCAAUGACUCAUGUGCUCUUCGGAAGGAAUCUCAGAUUAAAUGUUGCUUUAACACUUUGGCGAAGAAGUGCUAGUGAAUUAGUGGCUUACUUGAUCAGAAUACAAGACAGAGGCGUCCUUGUUGACUGUCUACCUGUACUUACUAAAAGCCUUCAAGAAGAACAGCCAUGCAUAUCUAUUGGUUGUUGUGUGGACCUUUUACCACAAGUGAAGACAAUUCUACUCAGUAAAUAUGAAGAGCACCUCAUUGUGGCUUUACACUGGGUUCAAUCGGUCAUCAAGAAAUGGUGGCCUGAGCUCUACUCAGAUGGCAAAAGAUUGCAGGAUGGCUGUUCAGAUGACAGGAAUGUUCAGGCCAUGAGAAGGCAGCUUCUUGAACUCUGGGAUGAAAAGAGUCAACUAACAUCAGUCCCCGGACCCGUGGGUGAAAUAACCAAGGCUAUUGAGUCAUAUCUCUCACAAUUACGCUGAUGUAUCAAUGUAGCACACUGAGGAAACGACCACUACACGCACUUGCUGCAGAUCUCUAAGCUGCUCCUUGAGAAACUGCAGCCAAAUGAACUGAAUCUUUCUAUCGCUCCAGAUGAGGAAACUGUGGUGAAUGGGGAGAUAGAUGAACUGAACAAUUCAGACACUCCCUGCAUCAGAACUGGAGACAUGUCUUAAAGGGUGAAAGCCUUCCUGCAAAACUUUGAAUGACUGCUUCACAUUGAAGUGGACUUUAUUGCUUAGUGGCACACAUUCAACUCCAUGAGACUGUAUGGAAUCGGGCAACUCACAGAAGUGCCAAGCAGAAGUUUUAGCUGUCACACUUGUAGUGCCAUGGUGUGCAUCUACUGAAGUGGAUGUGAUGUGAUGUAUCAUGUCUCUGGGCCUCUGACACACCUACUUUCAGUGAAGAAUUUGAAGUCCAGCAGUCUUAAAUUAUUAGAGCGUUCAAUCUUUUUUUUUGCCUGUUCAUGGAUGAAAUGUUUGUGUGCGUGUGUAUAAAUGGUGAUUUUUCUUUUAAUCAACUUCUGAAUAAAUUUACAAAAUCA